AUGUCUGACCAUGCCACCAUCCUGCUGGCUUCAAAUAUUGGGCUAAAUCCCCCCUACAUGACCUUCAUCAUCAUCAUCAUCAUCAUCGUCAUCAUCAUCAUCUCUAGAGCUUGCACCUGCAGGCCAGGAACUGUUGGCUGGCGGCCCAACUUACUGAAAGUGAAGAAGAAGUGGCUCCUCCCGUCCAUCUGUAGCUUCUUCUGCCUGCUCUCAGUGGUCAUGACUGGCUGUUUCCUGUGGCAGUAUCAUCUCCCCAAGCUGAAGACCGGUUCCCUGGGACCAGUGGAGACCUCUGCCCCUGUGAGGAUGUGCCCCCGGCACCCUGAGCCUGUGCCCCUGGCCCACCCACUCCCCGUGUUGAAGGAGGCCCUGGAAAAGGUGGACCACAUCCUGCGCCAGGCAAUGUCUGCCCCAGGCGUGGCUGCCAUGUCUGCAGUUGUCAUCCACAAUGAUACUGUGCUCUGGACAGGGAACUUUGGGAAGAAGAAUGGCUCAGACCCGGCUUCUGGGGCCCCCAAUGAGUACACCAUGUACAGGAUCUCCAGCAUCUCCAAGAUCUUUCCCGUUCUCAUGCUGUACCGUCUGUGGGAGGAGGGCAUUGUGGCCUCCCUAGAUGACCCUCUGGAGCAGUACGCCAGCACCUUCACCAUUAACAACCCGCUGGGCCUGGCAUCAGCCCCCGAACAGCAGGGCCUGAUGGACAGGCUGGAGCAGGUGGGCCCCGCUCCAAGGCCUUCGCCUGUCACCCUUCGAAGGAUGGCCAGCCAGCUCUCAGGGCUGCCCAGAAGGCUGCGCUCCACUUCGCUGCUGUGGAAGGGCAGCACCCAGGAGGCCCUGAACCUGCUCAAGGAUGAUGUGCUGGUGGUGGACCCGGGAACCAGCCUGGCGCUGCGUCAUCUGCACGGCCGCGUCUUCCAGCUGCACGUGGCCCGCGAGUUCCCCUGCGCACUGCCACUCGGCGACGCAUGGCUCUCGCUGGAGGCCCAGCACGGGCAGCUGGUCAACUUCUACCCCUUGGAUCACCACGGGCUGUCACCCGGCUUCGACGUGCCCGGCCUCAACACGUACAGAGUGCUGCGGCUGCAGCGCAAGCCCGUUUUCAAGAACCAGUGA